AUGGUUAAAUCAGAAUUGUUUUUGUUCUUAAUUGUUUUUUUGCUUGGCAUAAGUUGCAUCCAAGUAGCCCCAACAAAAUCAUAUUCAUCAAUCAGAAAUCCUGGUGUCAAUAUCUCAAGCAGUUUCAUCCUUCCAGAUGGAAUUGUUUUUAAAUUUGUAUUAUAUACUGGUGGACUUGCCAACUAUAUAUACGAUACUGCUAGUGAUCAAUGGAUAGAGAACAAUGACAUUCUUCUUAGAUCAGCUAUUCCAAGUGAUACUUCAGUAGUGAAUGUAACUGUUCUUGGUAGUUCACCAUCAUCUAAUCCAGAAAAUUAUCAUGAUGAAUUUCUUUUGAUUGAA